UGAAUUAAUCUACACAAAUACUCAAGGAUUAAGUUGGGUUUGUGAAAGGCUGUAGAAUUUGUUCGGUGUAACCGCUAACCUAAUGAGUGGAUGUGAAUACCUUUGUACUGUAUUAUGUUUUAGUGGAAACGAUGUACGUUUAUGGGGAAAAUGCUAUUCAGUGAAAAACGACAAAAGCAAACAGAUCUGUGUUUCCCUGGAGUGACACUUAAACCUGUUGGGUAAAGGCUCAGGCAUGCUUCUGCAGUUGUGUCUCAAGUUUCACAUUUCUGUUAGUCAAAUGCAACAAGCAUCACAAAUUGUCAGCGUGAGGUUCUAUUACAACUGGCAUGCCUGAGGAAAAAGAACUGCUAAUGACUCUGGCAGGGAUUGAAAGAGUGUGCCACACCUGAUGAGAAACACAAUUACUGAAAUAGAAUAAUAGUGUGUUGUUUUUCCCUAUACCCAAAUACAGCGAGCAUCUCCAAGCAUUUCCUGUAACCUAGUUUUCCUUCGAUCCUCAUCCAGGCAGAGUUAUGAUAAGGGAAAAAAAUUAUGUGGCUGAGGGCCAACUCAGCAACAUGGCACACUCCUAAGGCAGGAGACUUUUCUCUCUCUUUGUCAUUAAAGGUAAUAUUUACACAGUGGAAUGAAAGGAUUUCCCCCACCUCUGUGAAGAUUUUAAAUGCUUAUCAAGUCCUUUAUUCCUGAUCACUGACCAGAAUGUUAAAGAUUGAGACUUGAGAUACCAAGCCCUUUAGUAGAUCAGUGGAUCACCCUUAGAGAAGGAAACAAACCCUAGGCAGCACCCAGCAACCAAGAUGUGUGAACUCUCCUUCCAGUAACCAACCGCCUGCAAAACAGUUCCUGGUAUCACUUUCCUUUUGCAGAUAUUUUCUGGUUGUACUAUUAUGUUAUGCUGCUGUACUGUAAUUUUCAUGAGAUUUGAAAUUGUGGAAGGUCUGAAUACACAUUUUAAAAAUCUAGUCAAAGGAAGAAUGGCAUCUACAGAAUUCGGUGUAAAGGAGAUCAGGCAUCUCCCAUCUCCAUGCUCCCAAUUCCUAGGCAUUUGCUGUCUGUCUGUUUUGGUCUUAUGGUCUUUUUAAUCUUUGUUUGUUUUUCAUCUUUUAGGUUAUGAGCAAAAAUGUUUAUAACUGUGCUUCAUGGAGAACAUAAGGAAGACCUUUUUAACAUUCAUUGUAAAGUCCAGAUUCUCCUAGAUGGCAUAAAACACCGCUGUGGCUGUGAAGAUGAAGAAGAAAUAGAAUUAGCAGAUGUGAGUGGCCAAGUCAAGAAUUUGCUCCAGAACAAGCAUCUCUCUGCAGCUGAGCUUCUGGGGGAAAGAGAGACUUAUGUACUCCUUGGUGUUACAACCAAUGGCGAAAGACCUUCAGAAGGAGGAUUUGUACCUCUGUUGAUAGAUGAAAACAUCAUUAAUUCCAAGUUCCUAGCUAAACUAGCAACUUCACAAGAGCAGAAGAGCCCUUCUCCCAGGAUGAAAUCCAGAAGGAGUCAUAAAAAAUCAACCUUGGAUAUUCCAGCUGCUGGUGGCUUAAGGACUCAUUCACCCCAUGGCAGUAGAACAAGGACACCCAUUGCAUCUCCAAAACAGAGCAGGAAACUCUGAUCUUUCACUGACUAUCAAGUGAUAACCAGUGCUAAAUGCCCCAUAAAGCUUAUUUAUUGCUUCUUGGUGCCACAUCUUAUUAGCGAUGCCAUUCUAAUUGUAAUCCCCAUUGGAUACUGCUGUACAUAUUUUGGAGUAAACAGUAGUAAAUUGGAGUAUAGAUGUGCCAAUUUGUGUCUCAAGACAAAGAAAUACUGUAUUAUAUAGAUGACAGCAGCACUUAUGUAUUUGUAUCUCUCUCUUUGGAGGGAUUUUGGGUUUCUUAUUUCCAUUUUACUUCCAGAGCUUUAAAGGAAUAUGAUUAACAAAUUUACCUAUGACAGGAACAUAAAGAUCUUCUGACAUGAUUUGUUGGGAUCAAUGUCCAUUUGUUUGAUUAAGGCUGUUUCAAUAAACCACAUUAUUUCUUAGCUAUCUCUUGCCUGGACUCUCAUGAAAACAAUUCGAUCAGCUGGGUUGUGUAAUAACCAUCAUU